CAAACUUUGGCCUGUUCCAUUUUAACGGCGUUGUUGAGCGAGUUCUCAAGUUCAAGUAAAACCAGCAACAUUGGACUAAGCAUGGAGUUCCAUGGUAACUGUAAACGUAUAUUUCAGGAGGACGAUCUGCGGCAGAUCUUCAUGCUCACAGUAGAGGUACUUCAGGAAUUCAGCAGACGUGAAAACCUCAAUGCUCAGAUGUCUUCAGUGUUUCAGCGUUAUCUUGCACUAGCCAAUCAGGUCUUAAGCUGGAACUUUCUUCCUCCAAAUUUGGGCAGACAUUAUAUAGCUAUGUUUGAAUCCUCACAAAAUGUGAUGCUAAAGCCAACAGAAUCCUGGCGCGAGACCCUCCUGGACAGCAGAGUUAUGGAGCUUUUCUUUACAGUACAUCGAAAAAUCAGAGAAGAUACAGAUAUGGCCCAAGAUUCAUUACAGUGUCUGGCACAGCUGGCGUCUUUGCACGGGCCAGUCUUUCCCGAUGAAGGUUCACAAGUCGAUUACCUGGCACACUUCAUUGAGGGAUUACUGAAUACUAUCAAUGGAAUUGAAAUAGAAGACUCUGAAGCAGUGGGAAUUUCCAGUAUUAUCAGCAACCUGAUAACCGUAUUUCCACGCAAUAUUUUAACUGCCAUUCCAAAUGAACUUUUCUCUUCAUUUGUUAACUGCCUUGCACACCUCACUUGUUCUUUUGGAAGAAGUGCUGCCUUGGAAGAAGUG